CAGGGCACGGUAAGAGCCACUGGACGCUCAAACGGCGAGGAUAGGUGGUACGUCCCAAAGGAGGAGCGUCCCGCCGGCGUUUUAAAGCCUUCUUCCGCACCGACUCAGGAAACCUUUGCAGCUUUCCUGGGACCGCUCCAACCCAGCCAAUCACCUCGGCGUCGAAAGACUCCUCUCGCCUAAUCGGAGGGACCAGAGGGUUAUCUUCCAGGGAGCCAACGAGGCUUGUUAGGCGGCGCUGCGUUUGCCGGUCAAAGCACGCGGUGGACACGGAGGGGGAGUGUGGUGGAUCUACUUACCUAGGCGCAUGGUGAGAUGCGUGCGCGGGUUUGGGGCGCUGCUUCUCUUGUUUACUCAGACGCAUGCCAGCCAUGAGACGGAUCUUAUUCGUGAUUUUCCUGGUUGCUGGAGUGAUGUAUGCUGUAUUACACAGCAACCUGUGGAACACCAAAAGCUUGGGAUUGUCCCCUCUGAACAGAAAACUUUGCAUUUUCAAAACCAACAUUUCCUCUUUUAUGAAGUUGGAUGAUUUCUAUCCUUUCUUGUGCAAAACUAAUUUUUUUGACAUAGCUGCAAUCCGUGGAAGUAAUGAGUUUGAACUACCUUAUGGAAUAAAGAAUGCAGAAUUCUAUUUUGAACUAGCACUUUCAAAACUGGAAAACUGUGAGCUGUUCCAGGAAGAUGACAGCAGCCCAUCCUGUAAAAGAUGUAUCGUCGUUGGCAAUGGAGGAAUCCUUCGAAACAAGAGUCUGGGUCAGAAAAUUGAUUCUUAUGAUGUGAUAAUUAGAAUGAAUAAUGGGCCUGUUGUAGGCUAUGAAGAUGAUGUUGGAAGGAGGACAACAUUCCGACUGUUCUAUCCAGAGUCAGUGUUUUCAGAUCCAGUUCACUAUGAUCCUAACACAACUGCUGUUCUUGUUGUCUUCAAGCCCCCUGACUUAAAAUGGCUUUCAGAUUUAUUAAGUGGCCACAGUUUAUCAAGAACUGAUGUCUUCUGGAAGAAACCACCAGCGAAGAUAAUUUAUAAGCCUGACCAAAUCAGAAUCCUUGAUCCAUUCAUUACUAAAAGAACAGCAUAUGAAUUGCUUCAUUUCCCCAGAAAAUUCCCCAAACGAGAAAAACCCAAACAUCCUACAACAGGGUUAAUUGCCAUUGCAUUUGCUUUUGAUGUAUGUUCUGAAGUUCAUGUGACAGGCUUCAAGUAUAACCUGCAGGACCAAGGCAGCUCUUUGCACUAUUUUGGUAAUGACACCAUGUCUUUGAUGAUUAAGAAUGAAUACCAUGACAUUGUUGCAGAGCAAAGACUUUUGAAGGAACUUAUAGAUCAUCAAAUUGUGAUCAGUCUCACAGAAGAACAAAAUUAAAGAACUAUCACUACUUUUCGUAAGACUGAAGGGAUAUUUUUAUCGGAACUAUUUUUUAAAAUAUUUGAAGUAUUAAUAGUAAUUGCCAAAGUAUUUUUUAAAAAGCCAUAUCCCACAUACCUUCUAAAAAUGUCUCUGCCUUAAAUAUUAAUAUUUUGCCAGGAAGCAACUAUCACAGUCAAGUUAUACAUGCAUGUUAAUUUAAUAAUGGAAAAAUGUUGGCUAAGUGUACAUUUAACAAGAAACUGUUAUUUCCUCUUAGUUUUCUGUUUACCAUUUCCCACAUGAUGGCACAUUGCAGAUACGUUAGAGGUCAGGAUAAAAUGUUAUUAAUACAACAAUAUAGAAUGUCCUAUCUAUAUUCAGUUCAGUUCAGUUUCAAUCAUGGGUGAAAAAAAAUGAAGUGCUAAAAAAAAUAGUGAGACACCUGGGCUCCAUGACAGGGUGCUGGAAAUGCAUAUCAUUUUUUUUAAAAUCUUGCUUAAAAUGAGACUGCAAACAAUGACUAUUUCAGUAAGGCAAUGUGUGCAUGGUUAAAGGGACACAGUGAUAAGUACAGAACAGUGAUAAAUAUAAUACAGAAAAUGGCUCAUGAGUAAUGGUAUUUUUGUUAAUAAUAGAUGAUGGAACAGUAAAGUGAAACUAAAGCAGUUACUCUGCUCUGAGUUUCCUGCAUCUUGCAAUUAUAAAACUGUCUUGAAUUAAUUCAUAUGUGUUCAAGAUGUUGCAAUAGAUGCUUAAAUCAGAGACAUCUGCAGGGAAGAUAAAAAAAAGUCAUGAUAGUGGCCAUAAUUAUAUGAUAAAAGUUCCCCCAGCCUUUUUUUCAUAUGCAGUGCAAUUGCAUGAAUGUAAACUGUGUUUUAUUCCUCCUCCCACCCUCCCCUGGUGGACACCCCUGCUUAAAAUACCGCAUACUGUAGAAGGUCACUCUUGAGUCUUGUUUAGGAUGCUUUCAAAACUGUUUACUCCAAAUAUUUCAGUCCAUUUUUUGCCUCAUACUGUAUUUCCUUCUAUCUCAAUUUUUGCCUAUAACAUUAAGGUCGCUGUUGGACUAUUGUCAAAGUCACAACAGAGAGCUAGUAAAAGUGGAAUCCCUAGAGUGGACUGGGCAUACUCAUUUUUCAGAAACAAUCAGUAUUUAAGGGAAAAUCUAAGCUAAGGGGGUAAUAAAUUCCUAUCUGACUUUCUUACCUUAAGUGGCAAAUGUUAUGCUUCUAUGAUAUUUCCAUCAAAAUUGUUUGAUAUCCUUUGGUUUACAAAUUAAAGUGGUCCAAAAUCUCUUAAAUCAAAGAUGACAGUAGAUUUUUCUUAGUAAAACAAUCUUCCUAAAUUGUUGAGUUUCUUUGGCAUUAGUUUUACCCUCACUUCUCUAAUUUAAUACUUAUUUCUUUAGAAAACAUAAUUUCUUAACUUGUUAAUUGUGCUCAAUAAGAUACUACAGACGACUUGUUUCUUUGAAACAUCUGGGGAUAUUGAGGUAGACAGUGGGAUGUGUUCUCAAUACAUUGACCUACAAUUCCCAUAAACGCCAAUCAGCAUGGACAAGACUCAGGGAUUCCAGACAUUAUGGCCCUAAAUAUUGGAAAGCCACUUAGUUGACAGCACACAACCAUAUAGUUUUAUGUUUUACAUGGUUGAUUCCUUUUUUUCCUAUUAAAAAUAAAUAAUUUAAAUGAUUUGAAUAACUUUGGUCCUAUAGUAUAGACACAGGGAAUCUCAAUCCAAUUUUAGAAGGCCGAACCUCCUCUCCAAAGGCUUUGAUUCUCUCCAACCACUUGCCUACCUGUUGUCCCAGUCAACAGGAAAAUUUUUAUUUUUAAGUAGCACCAGAUUGGACAUAAUAACUGUUCCUUUUCCUUUCAAGGCUUUCAAGUAUCUCCUUUGUGGUCUGUUUUAAAGAUUCUUUGCUGUGUGGGGCCUGGACAAUAUUUUUGAGAUAGAGUUGCUGCUGAGGAGGUGUUCCAAUCCCUUUUAGAAAAUCAGUAAUUAGGCUAAUUUGAAAUAUUGGUAGCAGUGGAGGCUUUUUUGAGGCAUCUCUGUCAUGUAAGAAUGGACAUGUGUGAAUGAGUCAAUGAGGUGUGUUAAUGUGUGUGUGGAGGGGGAAACAUAAUGGUGGCUGCACAUUCACAUUUGGAUGUCACCUUGCUGGCCUAUUGAUCGAUAAGAUUUCCAGCAUGUUUGUCCAAGAUAGGCUAAGGCCAAAACAGGUUCUUUAUACUAAGUAAAGAAAUGCAUGGAAACUUACUCCAAAUGUAUCUUUAUUCUACCCUGACUUGUACCUGGCAUUACUAUGAAAGUGUGUUAAAAACAAUAAAUGUUUGUUCCUGAUAUAGAGGUACUUUGCAGAUUUACAAAUGAAUACUGUACUUCGUUAAAGCUACAUGUAUAUAAUGAAGGGUUGCUAUCAUUAGGGCAGCUGAUUAAAUAGACUGGGUUUGUCUUUCAAGAAGAGCACUGCUCAGUGUCUAUUGCACCAGGCCUGCUUUGUUGAGGUCUAUUUGUAUUUUCAUUCUGCUGUGUAAAUUCUACACGUAGAGGACUUUGGUCUCAGGAUUGAUGCAAAACAAGACUAAACAUUGUUAAGAAAAGGAAAUUUCAGCUGGUACAUCAUGCAUCACAAACAAGACUUGCUGCAUUUCCCACUUGUACACACUUCUUAACAGUGAAAGAGUUAAUUCUGCCCACAUUCAGAUAUGGCCAUGAGAUGGUCCUUCUCUCUUUCCUAGUGCCACUUGGAUUCAGCUACAUUCCAUAUUUUAUAUUAACUGUAUUGCUGUAUACAACUGUAAUCUUGUGUAUCAUCUCGCAGUACUACUUGAAAGGUUAACUUUUGUUAUCGUCUAGAUAUUUUCAUAUUAAAGUCUUCUGACGUUGCCCAAUCAGAAAACUGAACUAAGGAUAUAGGUUUAGUUGCACUCUUUUUGAAAGUAGCUUCACAUUUUCUUAAUUUAUUUGAUAAUUUAGUAGAAUAUAUGUGAGACUGGAAAAAGUUGUUCAGAUUUAUACCCUUGAACUCCUCACUAGCAUGAGGCUUCUUUUUACUAACAUUAAUUUUGAUUAUCCUGAAAUGUGAUGUUCUAGUUUGGAGAUAAUAAGUAUAAUUAUUAAAUUUCUGUUGCAUUAAAUAUUUGCUGUUUGUAUUCCCCAAAGCCGCCUUAACUUUCUUAACAGUUAAAGUAACCAUUUCUGCUUUCUGAAAAUACGUUGGGAAUAACAUUUAUGCUGUUAAAUGGCUUUCAACUCUGUUUUGUUUUUAUAUCUGAAGGCAACUUUUGAAGCUUGUUGUUAUUAUUUGUGUAAAAUAGUAGUUUAACAUGAA